GAAGCAGGGAGCGAGAAACCGGAGAGGAGCCGAGCGCCCUCCGCCCAAGGCGCCCUCCCUCGGUCCGCACACAAGCGCCGUCGCUUGGAGGAGCGAGGUGCCUCCCGGCCCGUAAGGCCGCCGCGCACGAGCCUGCUCGGCGGCGCGGUCCCGGGACUGCACCUGGAGGCCGCCCCGGACGGGGAUGGUAAGCGGCUGCCGCCGUCUGGCACACGAGCGGGACGCGGUGAGGGCACCAUGGCGCUGACGCCCCGGAGGGGGACCUCGGCGGGUCUCGUCCGGCCCGAGCUCUGGCUGCUGCUGUGGGCAGCCGCGUGGCGCCUGGGUGCCACCGCGUGCCCCGCCCUCUGCACCUGCACCGGCACCACGGUGGACUGCCACGGCACGGGGCUGCAGGCCAUCCCAAAGAACAUCCCGCGGAACACCGAGCGCCUGGAACUCAACGGGAACAACAUCACUCGGAUCCACAAGAACGACUUCGCGGGGCUCAAGCAGCUGCGGGUGCUGCAGCUGAUGGAGAACCAGAUUGGAGUGGUGGAGCGGGGGGCUUUUGACGACAUGAAGGAGCUGGAGCGGCUACGACUGAACCGGAACCAGCUGCAUAUGUUACCAGAACUGCUGUUCCAGAAUAACCAGGCUCUGUCAAGGCUGGACCUGAGCGAGAACACAAUCCAGGCCAUCCCCAGAAAAGCUUUUCGUGGAGCUACAGACCUCAAAAAUUUACAGCUGGACAAGAACCAGAUCAGCUGCAUCGAAGAAGGGGCCUUCCGGGCCCUGCGGGGGCUGGAAGUGCUGACCCUGAACAACAACAACAUCACCACCAUCCCCGUGUCCAGCUUCAACCACAUGCCCAAGCUGCGGACCUUCCGCCUGCACUCCAAUCACCUGUUCUGCGACUGCCACCUGGCCUGGCUCUCACAGUGGCUGAGGCAGCGGCCAACCAUCGGGCUCUUCACGCAAUGCUCGGGGCCCGCCAGCCUGCGUGGCCUCAAUGUGGCUGAGGUCCAGAAGAGCGAGUUCAGCUGCUCAGGCCAAGGGGAGGCAGGCCGAUCGCUUUCCUGCACCCUCUCCUCGGGCUCCUGCCCAGCCAUGUGCACCUGCGGCAAUGGCAUUGUGGACUGUCGUGGCAAGGGCCUCACCGCCAUCCCUGCUAACCUGCCUGAGACCAUGACGGAAAUCCGACUGGAGCUGAAUGGGAUCAAGUCCAUCCCCCCAGGAGCCUUCUCUCCCUACAGAAAGCUGCGGAGGAUAGACCUGAGCAACAACCAGAUUGCAGAGAUCGCGCCCGAUGCCUUCCAGGGCCUCCGCUCCCUGAACUCGCUGGUCCUGUAUGGAAACAAGAUCACAGAUCUCCCCCGGGGUGUGUUUGGAGGCCUGUACACCCUACAGCUCUUGCUCUUGAAUGCCAACAAGAUCAACUGUGUCCGGCCCGAUGCCUUCCAGGAUCUGCAGAACCUGUCACUUCUCUCCCUGUAUGACAACAAGAUCCAGAGCCUCGCCAAGGGCACCUUUACCUCCCUGCGGGCCAUCCAGACUCUGCAUCUGGCGCAGAACCCUUUCAUCUGUGACUGUAACCUCAAGUGGCUGGCAGACUUCCUGCGCACCAACCCCAUCGAGACGAGUGGGGCCCGCUGCGCCAGCCCCCGGCGCCUCGCCAACAAGCGCAUUGGGCAGAUCAAGAGCAAGAAGUUCCGCUGCUCAGCCAAAGAGCAGUACUUCAUUCCAGGCACGGAGGACUACCAGCUGAACAGCGAGUGCAACAGCGAUGCUGUCUGUCCCCACAAGUGCCGCUGUGAGGCCAGCCUGGCUGAGUGCUCCAGCCUGAAGCUAACCAAGAUCCCCGAGCGCAUCCCCCAGUCCACAGCCGAACUACGAUUAAACAACAAUGAGAUUUCCAUCCUGGAGGCCACCGGGAUAUUUAAAAAACUCACUCAUCUGAAGAAGAUCAAUCUGAGCAACAACAAGGUGUCAGAAAUCGAAGAUGGGGCCUUCGAGGGCGCAGCCUCUGUGAGUGAGCUGCACCUGACCGCCAACCAGCUGGAGUCCAUCCGGAGUGGCAUGUUCCGAGGUCUGGAUGGCCUGAGGACCCUGAUGCUGAGGAACAACCGCAUCAGCUGCAUCCACAAUGACAGCUUCACGGGCCUGCGCAACGUCCGCCUCCUCUCGCUCUAUGACAACCAGAUCGCCACCAUCUCGCCCGGGGCCUUCGACACCCUCCAGGCCCUCUCCACGCUAAACCUUCUGGCCAACCCUUUCAACUGCAACUGCCAGCUGGCCUGGCUGGGCGACUGGCUGCGGAGGAGGAAGAUCGUGACCGGGAACCCGCGGUGCCAGAACCCAGACUUUCUGAGGCAGAUCCCCCUACAGGAUGUGGCCUUCCCGGACUUCAGGUGUGAGGAGGGCCAGGAGGAGGGGGGCUGCCUGCCCCGCCCCCAGUGCCCCCAGGAAUGUUCCUGCCUGGACACGGUGGUCCGAUGUAGCAACAAGCACCUCCAGGCCCUGCCCAAGGGCAUCCCCAAGAAUGUCACGGAACUCUACUUGGACGGCAAUCAGUUCACACUUGUUCCGGGACAGCUGUCCACCUUCAAGUACCUGCAGCUUGUGGACUUGAGUAACAACAAGAUCAACUCCUUAAGCAAUUCCUCCUUCACCAACAUGAGCCAGCUCACCACCCUGAUCCUGAGCUACAACGCCCUCCAGUGCAUCCCUCCUCUGGCCUUCCAGGGGCUGCGCUCCCUGCGCCUGCUGUCCCUGCAUGGCAAUGACAUCUCCACCCUCCAAGAGGGCAUCUUCACGGACGUGACCUCCUUGUCUCACCUGGCCAUUGGGGCCAACCCUCUGUACUGCGACUGCCACCUCCGCUGGCUGUCCGGCUGGGUGAAGACAGGCUAUAAGGAACCGGGCAUUGCCCGCUGUGCGGGGCCCCCAGACAUGGAGGGCAAGCUGCUCCUCACCACGCCUGCCAAGAAGUUUGAAUGCCAAGGUCCCCCAACCCUGGCUGUCCAGGCCAAGUGUGAUCCCUGCUUGUCCAGUCCAUGCCAGAACGAGGGCACCUGCCAUAAUGACCCCCUUGAGGGCUACAGGUGCGCCUGCUCCAGCGGCUAUAAGGGCCGAAACUGUGAGGUGUCCCUGGACAGCUGUUCCAGCAGCCCCUGUGGGAACGGAGGGACCUGCCAUCCACAAGAGGGCGAGGAUGCUGGCUUCAUGUGUUCCUGUCCCACCGGCUUUGAAGGACCAACCUGUGAGGUGAAUACGGACGACUGUGGGGAACACGCCUGUGCCAACGGGGGCGUGUGUGUGGACGGUGUGGGCAACCACAGCUGCAGGUGCCCCCUGCAGUACACCGGAAGGGCCUGUGAGCAGCUGGUGGACUUCUGCUCCCCAGAUUUGAACCCAUGUCAGCACGAGGCCCGGUGUGUGGGUACUCCAGACGGGCCCAGGUGUGAGUGUGCACCAGGUUAUGCAGGUGACAGCUGCAGUGAGGAGGAGGAUGACUGCAGGGACCACCGCUGCCAGCACGGGGCCCAGUGUGUGGACGAAGUCAACAGCUACUCUUGCCUCUGUUCUGAGGGCUACAGUGGGCAGUUCUGUGAGGUACCUUCCCCCGCUCCCACCCCCAGAAGCCCCUGUGAGGGGACUGAGUGCCAGAAUGGGGCCAACUGUGUGGACCAGGGCAGCGGGCCCGUGUGCCAGUGCCUCCCAGGCUUCGGCGGCCCUGAAUGUGAGAAGCUGCUCAGUGUCAACUUCGUGGAUCGGGACACCUACCUGCAGUUCACGGACCUGCAGAACUGGCCCCGAGCCAACAUCACGCUGCAGGUCUCCACGGCAGAGGACAAUGGGAUCUUGCUGUACAAUGGGGACAAUGACCACAUUGCAGUGGAGCUAUACCAGGGUCAUGUGCGUGUCAGCUAUGACCCAGGUAGCUACCCCAGCUCUGCCAUCUACAGUGCCGAGACAAUCAAUGAUGGGCAGUUCCAUACCGUUGAGCUGGUCACGUUUGACCAGAUGGUGAAUCUCUCCAUCGAUGGAGGCAGUCCCAUGACCAUGGACAAUUUUGGCAAACACUACACGCUGAACAGCGAGGCCCCCCUCUAUGUGGGAGGGAUGCCUGUGGAUGUGAACUCCGCCGCCUUCCGCCUGUGGCAGAUCCUCAAUGGCACCAGCUUCCAUGGCUGCAUCCGAAACCUCUACAUCAACAAUGAGCUGCAGGACUUCACCAAGACACGGAUGAAGCCAGGCGUGGUGCCGGGCUGUGAGCCCUGCCGGAAGCUCUACUGCCUCCAUGGCAUCUGCCAGCCCAACGCCACCCCGGGGCCCGUGUGCCAUUGUGAGGCCGGCUGGGGGGGCCUACACUGUGACCAACCAGCGGACGGGCCCUGCCAUGGCCACAAGUGUGUCCACGGGAAGUGUGUGCCCCUCGAUGCUCUUUCCUACAACUGCCAGUGCCAGGAUGGGUACUCGGGGGCUCUGUGCAACCAGGCCGGGGCACUUGUGGACCCCUGUGGGGGCCUGCGGUGCCUCCACGGCCACUGCCAGGCCUUGGCCACCAAGGGGGCACACUGUGUGUGUGACCCUGGCUUUUCAGGCGAGCUGUGUGAGCAAGAGUCCGAGUGCCGGGGGGACCCUGUCCGGGACUUUCACCAGGUCCAGAGGGGCUAUGCCAUCUGCCAGACCACGCGUCCGCUGUCGUGGGUGGAGUGCCGGGGCUCAUGCCCAGGUCAGGGCUGCUGCCAGGGCCUGCGGCUGAAGCGGAGGAAGUUCACCUUUGAGUGCAGCGACGGGACCUCUUUUGCGGAGGAGGUGGAGAAGCCCACCAAGUGUGGCUGUGCUGUCUGCGUGUAGUGCCUGGCUGGACAGGGAGGGGUGAGGUGGGCAAGGGGACACGGCAGCAGCGGAGCCCGGUGGCCUGCAGCUGGGCUGGGGGUGUGGGCCAGCGGAGCAGCUCCUGGGCCGACCUCCCGGAGCAACAGCACUGGGGGUGGGAUGGGUGGGCGCGGCCCGGGCUGCAGGCUGCCCUCUCCGGAAGUGCCUUGCACAAAUAGGCGCUUAAUAAAUAUUUGUUGAAUGAAUGUGUGCUUGAGGUCAGGCCAAGAGUGCAGAAUGGUGACACCCCCUGCUUGCUUACUACUUGGGUCUGAAGAAGGGACUGGCCCCUUCCCAAACCAGCUUUUCCUUCUCACCUGUGGCCCAUACUGGCCUCAGAAGGCCCUUGCCCCCUGCGGAUGACCUGGAAGCCUCCCCUGGGGUAGCCAGCCUGGCUCUCUGCUCCACUUGCUGCUGCAGCAUCCGCUAGCAGUAGGCCAGGCUGCAGAGGGAAAGGGCCCCUCCUGCUGGCCAGGAAGGGACUGACCCUUGCCCCCUGGGCUGAGGAGCCCUGAAGCCACUGCUCCAUGGGGAAGGAGGCUGGGGAGGGAGGUGGGUCUUAGGAUCAGUCCUCUAAAUCCUAAAGUUAGGGGUUGACCACAGUAGCUUCAAGGAAGGUGGAGGCAGUGUCCCCUGGGUCUGUUUGGGGUGGUGAUCCCACCAGAGAGAAUGGGGGGCGGGGAAGUGAGGGGAGGUUAGUUCUUGGCUCCAGCUGAAUAACCACCCCAUCCAGACACUGACCACCAAAGGGGUAUUGGUCCUGUGCUCUCCUAGCCCCUAGCCAGGGAGGGGUCUGCUCCCAUGGACACAGGGCUCAGAUCCCUCACAGUGCAGACCAGUAGGGAGCAGCAGUACAGGCACCAUGAAACCUCUGCUGACUCUGUGACUUUGGGCCUCCAUCUCCUCAGCCAUCAGAUGGUGACGUGGUUUGACUGAACAUAGGAGCAAUGUAGACCCUCCCACUGUGGCUCCAGAAGGGAGGCUGGAGGAGCCAGAAGAUCCACUGUCAUUAAUCACAUCAACAAGUGUUUACCUGCCUAAGGGCUGCUGGUACAGGGCUGCUCUACUGGACAGAUAUGAAUGAAUGUAGCGCAUCCCAGGAGUAAAUAGGAUGCCUGGGAAGAGAGGAGCUGAAGGCUCCAACCACCAACCACAGACACUGGCCCACCUAGAGCUGCUCACUUAGGCAUUUGCAAGGAAUGACUCUUUGAAGAGUCACUGAAUGGCCACGUGACCACAAAUCCUUCUUUUCCAUGCAGAAAACACAAAAAGCUUAUCUUUAAAUAGCAAACUGGCUAGAAGAUAGGUCACUCUCCUGCCCAGAUGUCUCCCCAAGAGUGUGUGGCCCCAGGGGACCGCAGUGGGCAAGGGGAGUGAGCAUGUCCCUUUCCUGGCCCCUUCCAUCUACAACCAGAAGACAGGGCUGGGGGAGCAGGCUGUGGUGUGGUUGAGGUGGUCUUGUGCCCAUAUCCUUAGCCACCAUGGUGGGGAGGGGAGGAGAAGCAGGAGCUCUGGAUGCUGAACAGCAGAGGGCUGGAGCCCCUUACAACUGGGGAAACCUGGCAUGUUCCACUACACUGGGACUCCGGCCAGUGAGUUUGAGUCCCAGAAGUCCUAUAACGCAAAGGGGAUCUGUCCUGCCCAAGUGCAGAGGUGUUCUCAUGGCGGGCUCAGCUUUUCACCAGGGACAGGGCUCUACUGUAGUUCUGAGCAAGGCUGCGGUGCCCCUCCCCUCCAUGCACAGCAGUGGGGGCUUUGAGAGGCUUCUCCUAGGCCUGCAUGUCAUCCCUCUGUUACCUACAGUUUCUGGGCCCCUGGGGGACUGCGGCGAGCAGCUCUAGCACGAGGCAGGUGCUGAUCUAUGGACGAAAGCUCAAGUGUAGCUAGCUCACUUUGUGUGGAAGACAGGCAUUCUGGGACCACCGGCCCCGAGACACUUACCUGCCUUUGGCCAUCACUGUUCCCCAUUGCCCUGGAGUAGAUGAGGCUCCUUGGGCUUGAGGGGCACCGACUGACAGCAGCCUCUUCACCUGCAGAUAGGUGACGGCUGCCAGGAGUCCUGCACUCCCAAAUGCCAGGGGGUCUGGGGGGGGUCUGUUCACAGGGAGUGCCCUGUGAGCUGGCCAUGGCCCUCACCCACCCCUCCAUGACACCCCACAUCCCAGCCUGGCCGCCUGGCCCCACGCUC